GAUACCUGUGUUUUGGUCAUUUUUUACUGUAACAACAAAGAUGGCUGCCGCAGGGAGCUCUAUAUUUUAUCGGAUAGCAGGGGUGUCUGGCUUUGUAGCAGUUGUCGCAGGAGCCUAUGGUGCCCAUGCUCCUCAAUUUAUGAAACAGGAAGGAAAGAUUCACCAGAAGGUGAUGGAGACAGGAAACUUAUACCAUCUGAUCCACACCCUUGGACUGCUUGCUGUACCAUUCUCUAACAGACCUAAUUUGACUGGAGGACUUAUGUGUGCUGGAAUGGUUCUCUUCUCUGGCAGCUGCUACCUUGCUGCAAUAACACAGAAUAGACGCAAUGGUCUCCUUGCUCCUAUUGGUGGGGUCACACUCAUGGCUGCUUGGUUAACAUUGCUGCUGUAACCACAAAACUUGGAUAGAUAGAUCACCCCUUCUGUCUUAUUCAAUUUGCCUUAAGUGUUCUGGGGUUUAUCAAAAAGGAAGAGGUAGCUUUCACUAGGAAAUCGCUUGAAUUUUUGCGUGGCAAAUUAUUGUGUGCUUGAAAUAUUAGUGCUUACUAAUCAGCCAGAAAGUUUCUUUGUUAGAAAGGGCUUAUUUUUAUUGAAAGCUUUUACCUUUUUGGUAGCAUUUGCCAUGCAAAAAGUCACAUAAUUUCUUAGUGAAAGUCACAUUUUAGAAAAAGACUAGGAAGCAUGUAUGUGUCCAUUUUUGUUGAGAGCUGAUUUUGAAAGGUCAGUUACUGUAGGUGUUCAUAAAUAUACUCUUAAAACCAAGUUUUAGGACUCUAUUGACCUCUGUUGCCAGCUCUGAAAACAACUUGACAGCCUGAAACCCUGAAACUGUCCCUUUUUUCUGCAACUAUAAUGAAAUUGAUAAAAUUAAUUGGUUCAUCAUUUUAAUCAGGCCUUAGACCAAGGUAAGGAAGUUGAGACCUUGGUAAUAAUAAGCUGGUGGAGUGAGGGUGGGGGGGUGGUAGUUAACAAAUGAGUGGAAUUACAGAAAUGAAAUGUGAAAAUCACCAAAUAGUGCUAUUAACGGGUGUUCUGAAAAUGUAAUUAUUUAUCUUAUAAUUUUUCUUUUGCCAAAUGAUUUUUUUAAAAGAAAAUUGAAUUGUGCAUAGUCAGAUAAACUUGAUUUUAAAUUAAAAUUGUUUGCAACUGU